AUGUCUUCUUUCGACGAUUAUCUUACUAAAAAAUACGUAGGAAGUGUAGCAAUAUUUGACGAAGAAGACAUUACUGGACAAUGGAAAAAUAUUAAUUCGGAAGAAGAGAAUGACGACGAUGCUCCUGUAAUCGAUUUUUCAGUUGCAGAAGAAAUAGAAAGAUCCAACAAAUGGAAACCUAUUGUAAAUGAUGUAGGAGAUGAAGCUCCACAAAUUGUAAAUGCUUCUAAUGAUCUCCUAGAAGAAUAUAUAACUUCUGUGUCAUCAACGAGUCGUAAAAGAGAUAACAAGGGUAGAUUUUCUGAAGUUGAGGAAGUUGAAGAACCAAAGACAAAACGUCAUAAAUCAGCCUCAGGUCCGGACGUAGGAUUACAUACUGCCGACGAAGUUCAUAAAGAUUUAAAACGAUCUAAUAAAAACGAAAGGGAAAAAAUAAAUUUAAUAGAAUCUUCUGGUCGCCAUGCAACUACUAUAUAUCGGGAUAAUGUAGGUAACAAGAUUGAUAAAGCGGCAAAGAGAGCAGAGGAACGACGUAGAAUCGAAGAGGAGGAAAGGUUGUUGAAAUGGGGUAAAGAAGAAGAUACUCGUAGAGAGGAGAAGUUACGAAAAAAACCUUUAGCAAUAUAUAAGGAUGACGAAGAUUUAAAUGAAGAAUUGAAGGCCCAAGAAAGGUGGAAUGAUCCAGCCGAAAUGUUUUUAACCAAGAAAAAAAAUAAAAAGAAGUCUGGGGGCAGACCAAGAUAUCAAGGACCACCCGCACCAACUAAUAGAUUUAAUAUUCAACCAGGAUUUAGAUGGGAUGGUAUUGAUCGAUCAAACGGAUUUGAAAGACAAUUUUUUGAAAAACGUAACGCCAGAGAAGCACUCGCCAAUGAAGCGUAUAAGUGGUCUGUGGAAGAUAUGUAA